AUGGAGAUACACACCUGUCGCAACAACACAAUCCCUUCCGAUACAAACCCAUGCCAUAUCUGCACAGAAUCACUCGCAAAAUUCGACGACGAGCCAAACUCAGCAGAGUCAAAGCGUCGCAUGAGACUCCUCUUCCAUGGAACAUGCUCCAACGAGGAUGACAGUGAGCAGCAGUCACUAUGCGCGUUCUGUCACCACCUACGUCUUGAGCAUUUACUGGGCUGUCUUGAAGAUGGCAAAUAA